AUGCCCUCAAGACGACACAAGCAUGGCAUGACGAAGACGAUGGGCCACUUGGGCAUGAGAACCGGCAUGCGACGUCUGCUUACGUUGCAAGUAACUAUCAGCCUGAUCAUCUGGCCAUCGAUAGGAAACGAUGUGAUUCUGUUCGAAACGCACGACACCAGUGCUCUUCAUAACUCAGACUCGUUAUCGUCCUCUUCUUCCUCUUCAGGUAUCUUGUAUUGCUACAAAUGCGACUAUGAGAAGGUGUGGCAUUUUUAUUCGGAAAGCGAAAACGGUCGCACUUACUAUUUCAAGAGGGACUGCACGUCGCAGUGUUACCCAGGCUGUACGCCUCUCGACGACAUGGAGAACCGCUUCGUCAGCUGCACAUCGUGUUGUCAGUACGACUACUGCAACAUGGACAACGCUGCGAUGACCUCGGCUACCCCAAAGCUCGUUUCCACCUUUGGGGCACUCAUCGCCAUGGUCGUGAGGAAUCUCUGA